UGCUCGAGUUUGGGAGCGAGAACUGCUGCUCAAAGUGAAAAUUAUCAAAAUUUAAUAUGCCAACCGCUCCGGAUCUUCAGUCAUUCGUAACGCGGGCCUCGAGCAGAACAGACGGAUUAUUUUUGGAUUACGGUCACAAAGGAUUACGCGACAAGGAUACGCGAUGAGGGAGCUCUUGAUUUAUGCAUUUGUUUUGACGGGCUUGUUUUACUUUUCCGAAGGCAAACCCUGCCCUGAAAAGACACGCCCCCACAAGACCCGCUGCGACGCCUUCUACAAGUGCCGGGAACUGCCCUCCAACUCCCAUGUGUGGAUACCCGUAAGAUGCACAAAGGGAUUGGUCUACGAGUCCAGCCUCAACAGCUGUGUCCUGCCGGGCGAGGAUUGGGAGUGCCUCACGCCCAGCGAACUGAGCUCCACCGAGAAUCCCAAGCCAGAUUCGGAUAUAUUAAUUGUGAAUGACUUGGACGAGGCGGGCUUACUGUUGAGUGAGUCUGAUGACAAGCAUGAUGGAACCGUGGAGAUUGUCCUGGACUCCAUGCUGAGCAGUGAGGAGGAAGAGUCCAAGGGAAAGAAUAACCAAGUGGAGGACCUCUCCUCAAGCCACAAUUUCGACUCGAGUGGCGAUGGUGAAUUGGUGGAUCUGGAACCUCCCCGUCCGCAGCCGAAGCCCGAAACCAGGGAGGAGCCAAGUGAAGAGCAUUUGGAGCACAGGACGGAGGUGGAUAAGCUGAAAACCGAACUGACCCAGGCGGCUGCUGUUAGUGAACUGGCCAAGCCGGGGUCACCCAUAGAUCCCAAGCUGACGGCCCAUUUACAGAGGCUAUCCCAACUGAUAGAUGGACUGCAGCAGACCUACCAGAAAACGGAUAAGCCCCAGACGGAAAUGCGUCCAGAUCAGUUGAAUGCCUUCCUCGCCCACUUUGACAUCAAGAAUCGUUACGAGAUGAUGAAUCCCAUGGAGACUACAACUCCUAGCACAACCACCACGGAGCAGCCGAAGACCACUCCCAAGCUGCCACAACCUACAUCGAAUAAGACGCGCCUGCAGGAGCACCUAAGUCACCAUCGCAUGGAGCCGGAAACCAAACUAAUGCUAUCGAAUUCCUUGCCCUUUUCCACCCACAGCACUGGUCCCGGUCAGGGUUACGCCAAUUCCCAGAUUGUCGUGAAUCGUCCCGAAGGAUCCGUGAUGUUUGCCCUGCCCAAUAACUAUGGAAUGAGCCAGGAACAAGGAGCUUACUCCAACCAUCAUGCGCCACAGAGUCACGAGUAUAGUGACCACGAACCAAAGAUUUCGGAGGAUACUUUGAAGACGGUCCUGGAGCUGUCGAAGCAAAUGAUAGCCGCCCAGAAUCUGCCAAAGGUUCUGCCCAAUCCGGGCUACAAUGGUGCUUACUACCAGCCCAUAUUGCAACCGGUUUUCGUUUCACCUCAAGGCCAUCCUUUCCAGCAAUACUACGGCAUCCCACCACCUCUCAAUCCACACAACAUGCAGCACAAGAAGCACCAUUCCGGAGGAGGCGGGUCAUCCAGCGACGGCUACAAUAAACCAAGUACCACCAUUAUACACAAUAACGUGAUACCCGUACACCUGUCCGCUACCAGCUCCGGAGAGAAGGAGGUCCUGGACACCUACGGCAAUAGCUUGGGCAUGUAUCCCAGUAUGGACAAACACGUGACCCCCAAUCAGGAGUACAUGACCACAGCCAGACCUGUGUCGGUCACCACCGUGGCCAGCACAUAUUCCGGGCAAUACGGUUCCCAGACCCCCUUCGCCAGUGACUACACGUUGACCACGCCCCGGCCCUUUGAACAACAGCCCUCAGCCGCCACAGUGGCCAACUACUACACUCCAAGUCCACAUCUGGGGGAGCACAACGCCAAUAGGGUGUUCCAGGCCACCGAAUCGUAUCCGGGCAUGAAUAUGCCCAGGCCAAUGGACAUGUUUCCGGGACAAAUCGAUCCGGAUAGGGUUAACAUACGACCCAAUUCGCAGAAAAUCGAAAGCAUCGAAAUGAUGGACGACUACCAGAGCGGGUCUGGAAAUGGAAAUGGAAACGGGAAUAUGAAUGGGAACACUCUUCCUCACGUACUGACCUACAGCAGCGCGAAUCUGGGCAGCGACAUGAGCCAGCAAUUAGCACCUAUGGGCGGCUAUUUGGAGCAGCAUCAUCUUCAGAAUCACCACAGCAAUCAUCACCAUCCGUACAUGCCACGACCCACGAUGAGCAGUAGUAUUUAUAGCGAUUCCGAUGGUAAUAUGGAGAUGAGCAUGUUCACGGGUAGUCCACAAAUGCUCCCUCCCAAAUACCCUGGAAAGCACUCCCCCCCUGGCCAGCUGGUCAACUUUAACGGUAACUUCAUUAGCCUGGAUGUCUUCCAAAAGUCCAUACUCCCACUGAUGACCAAGUCGCCGGGAGGAUUCAGUGAUCUGGGCAACGUGGAGGUGAUCACUUGCCAGGCAGGUGUCCGCCAGCCCAACCAAACGGACUGCACACGCUACUUUGUUUGCUCCAAGAAGGACGGCAAGGUCCUGUCCUACUCCUGCCCACCGUACACGGCGUUCAACAAGCAGACUAGGAUAUGCGAUGCUCCGACCUAUGCCCAGUGUGGCAGUGUGAUGCCUGCUUUCAGUGGCUACACCAUCGAUACCAACCGGCGGCUCCAGAUGGAGGCUAUCAAGAUGCUGAGCGAGGCCAAAAGGCGGCAGGAGGCGGCGCAGAAGGCCCAGAGCCUAGCCAAUCUCCUCCAGCAGUAUGGCAGCCAAACGCCACAGGCUUCACCGGGUAUAUCCUCGAACAUAGAACAGGAUCCGGUGGACUCGUACGUGGUGAAUCUCCCGGAGAUCAAUCUAUUAGCCACCACGAGCACCACCAGCCGGCCCACCAUUAUCCAGGCCGGCAGCUUUAGCGGUGGCCUCAGUGCGAGUAGCAGCAUAUCCUCGGCGCCUGCCAAGAAGCGGAAGUACUACUGCAAGGAGGGCGACAAGAUCCCGGAUCAGACCUCCAUUUCCAGCUACUUUGUUUGCUACAAAAACGCCCAGGGCCAGAUGAAGGGCCACAAGAUGAGCUGCUCCAAGAGCCUGCUCUUCUGCCCCAAGACUCUGAUGUGCACCCUGGCCUCCAAGUGCACCGACUAAUCCCGCGGAGUACUCUUCCCCACACACAUUUGCCACCAAAAGUUACUUUGUUUAGCCUCUAAGUUAUUUAUUCUAAUUUUAGUUGAAAACCGA